AUGGCUGUCGACAACUCGCUCGAGUCGCUCCUCGCGACCCUCACGACAUCUAUUCAAUCUGCUACCGAAGCGCUGCCCAAUGAUGAUAUCGUGCCUCCAAAGGAAGGAAUCUCCCUGCUGGACGUAAAGAACGAGCUGCUUCUGAGCUACCUGCAAAACCUAGUUUUCCUUAUUCUCCUAAAACUGAGGUCACGGAAAAGCAACCAGAAAGAGGCAGAUCUGCACCCUCAGGAUGAAGUCGUUCAAAAGCUUGUUGAACUAAGGAUCUACCUGGAAAAGGGCGUUCGCCCCCUCGAAAGCCGUCUGAAAUACCAAAUCGACAAGAUUUUGAGGACAGCAGAUGAUGCCACUCGUCGCACUACCCAGGCUCCUACAAGUUUGGCUUCAAGACCCAAGAAGAUAAAGACAGACACGGGAUCCGAUUCAGAUGUGAGCGAUGCCGAAUCAGCUGGGUCCGCACAGACGGAAGAAGACGAAGACGAAAUGGCAUACGGCCCCCGACGUGCCCAAGUUACACGCCAAAAGACGGAAGCCAGUCAGGAACGCGCUCGUGAAUCUGCAAAAGACGGCAUCUACAGGCCCCCCAAGAUUACACCCAUGGCCAUGCCGACUCCAGAAGGUCGCGAAGCGCGACGAGAGCGCCGUCCAGGAAAAUCAGCUACUCUGGAUGAAUUCAUCGCCACUGAGCUCUCCACUGCUCCCAUCGCUGAGCCCAGUAUUGGUUCUACCAUUACACAGGGCGGCCGGCACACCAAAUCCGAGCGUGAGCGCCGCGAAGAGAAUGAACGACGCGAAUAUGAAGAAGCAAACUUUACUCGCUUGGCUCCAGAGAGCAAAAAGGAGGCUGCUAGGAAAAAGGCCCGGCAGCAGCGCGAUGGUGGUUUCGGAGGCGAGGAAUGGAGAAGUUUGGGCGCGGGCAUUGACCGCAUUGAACGACUUACGCAGAAGAAGGGCGGUAAUUUGGGAAGCUUGGAGAGGAGUAGGAAGAGGCCUGUUGGCGAUGGUCCAAGAGGUUCGGGAUCCGCUGCCGGAGACGCGUUUGAGAAGAGGAGGAAGAUUGUUGGAAGAUAUAGGUAA